AUGUUACCCGUAGCAAAAAAGCGAAGGAUAACGAAUUCUGAUGAUGAGCACGAAAAAAAUGGCCUAAAGAAAAAUAGAAGACCUCUCGCAUCUCUAAGUAGGUCCAUCACGCCGCCAUUGACCACUCACAAGGGACGACCGUCCAACGCUCGGCGAGACCAGAAUGCUGAAUCUGCACCCCAGGAUUUCGACAUCAAAGAGAACACGCAGAUAGAUAUUGACCGUGAAGAUGACUCGCUUAGGGAUAAAUUUCGUAUCAUACGGUCACCUAUACAACUUACACAUAUCAGAGACCUCCCCAACGACAAGAAUAUCGAUACAGUUCAAUUACACGAUAUUCUGGGUGAUCCCAUGAUUCGAGAAUGCUGGCAAUUUAAUUAUUGUUUUGAUGUUGACUUUGUCAUGAGUCAGUUUGAUCAAGACGUGAGAGACCUGGUGCAAGUGAAAAUAGUGCAUGGGUCGUGGAAACAAGACUCUGCAAAUCGAAUCCGAAUAGACGAAGCAUGCGCUCGCUAUCCAAAUGUUGAAUCUAUUGUGGCCUACAUGCCGGAGCCAUUCGGAACCCACCAUUCAAAGAUGAUGAUCCUUCUCCGGCAUGACGACCAUGCUCAGGUCAUUAUCCACACAGCUAACAUGCUCGCCGGAGAUUGGACAAACAUGUCACAAGCUGUCUGGCGGUCGCCGCUCCUUUCCCUGUCUCCAAUACGGGAUAAUUCCGAAACAGCGCAGGCUGCUUCAUUCGGGACCGGUGCUAGGUUCAAGCGAGAUCUGCUAGCUUAUCUUGAAUUUUACGGAAAUAAGAAGACCGGCUCACUGGUUGAUCAGUUGCGGAAGUUUGACUUUCAAGCCAUUCGCGCUGCAUUAAUAGCCAGUGUCCCAUCAAAGGAAAGAAUCAGUCGAGCAGACUCGAGUAGGUCAACAUUAUGGGGCUGGCCAGCCUUGAAGGACACUCUCCGUCAAGUUCCGUUGAGAAUUAGAGAAAAGAACCAAUGUCCUCAUGUUGUGAUACAAAUUUCAUCAAUCGCGUCUCUCGGUCAGACAGAUAAAUGGCUCAAAGACGUCUUGUUUGACAGUCUUUGUCUACCAUCGGAAUUACCUCACACUAACAAAAUGCCGAGGCCUAAAUACUCGAUAAUAUUUCCUACGCCCGAUGAGAUUCGGAGGUCGCUGAACGGAUAUGGAUCAGGAGGAUCUAUACAUAUGAAGUUACAAAGCAUUACACAGCAAAAGCAGCUUCAAUACAUGCGUCCUUAUUUAUGCCAAUGGGCUGGUGACCAAAAGCAGACUGCUAUGGGAACGUUACACUUGAAUGCCGAAAGCGUCUAUAAUUCUCAACGAACAGAUGCAGGUCGACGUCGUGCUGCACCUCAUAUCAAGACCUACAUACGUUUCGCAGACAAGACUAAAAUGGAUACUAUAGAUUGGGCUAUGAUCACGUCCGCUAAUUUGUCUACGCAAGCCUGGGGAGCUGCAGCAAACUCUAACGGAGAGGUGCGAAUCUGCAGUUGGGAAAUUGGUGUACUUUUUUGGCCCGAAUUAAUAGCAGGUGAUCCAUUCAACCCAAAUUCGACCAGAACGGAAAUGGUACCCAGUUUCAGAAAAGACACGCCAGAUCCAACGGAAAGUGAAGAUGUUAGUUCGAUUGUGGGCUUUCGAAUGCCUUACGAUCUGCCACUUACGCCAUAUAGCGCACAAGACGUUCCUUGGUGCGCCACGAUUAACCACCCAGAACCUGACUGGUUGGGACAGUCAUGGGAGGCGUAA